UCCAUAUACCUAUCCAACCAUCAUUUUCUUUUCAUUUCUUGUAACUCUUUAUCAACAAAUUAAAAGAAAAACACUUUUUCGACUAAAUGGACGACCGUGAAAUCCCACACCAUUUCAUCUGCCCAAUAUCUCUCCAAAUCAUGAAAGAUCCGGUGACUGUCGUCACCGGCAUCACCUACGACCGCGAGUGCAUCAAAAGAUGGCAGACUCGCGGUCAAAACAAUACAUGCCCCGUCACUAAUCAACCACUUCCACCCUCCUCCGAUUUCACACCCAACCACAACCUUCGACGCCUUAUCGAAUCUUGGUGUGCCUCUCAACAUGUUGUUCCAACGUCAAAACAAACAUGUAAUUUGAAGGUUAAUAAGGUAAUUGUCCUAAACCUUAUUAAAAAUCUUAAACAACAAGAAUCACAAGUAGACUCACUUAAAAGUAUAGAAAAAAUCGCAUCGGAAAGUGAAGAAAAUCGGGUUUUGUUGAAGGAAGUUGGUGUUGUGAAAGCUAUGGUGAUGAUCAUUGUUUCGUGUUAUAAAAAUCGCACGAUUGUUGGUCUAAAUGAAGCUCUUAAUGUUCUUUAUCUUGUUGGAUUUACACAAGAUAAUGCAACACGUUCGAUUAUUAAUAUUGUAGAGCAUGAUCGAAUUAUAAAAAUGUUAACAUGGGUUUUAGAUCUUGAUAAUAAUAAUAAUUGUGAUGAUAUUGACAUAACAACCAUGAAGUUCCAUGCAAUAGUUUUGCUAAAAGAGAUUAUACAAAAUGCAAAAUCACAAGUUCUUGAAAGGUUAAAUCGCGAUUUCUUCAAAACAAUUGUGCUCAUUUUGCAACAAAUGAGAAAAGGGAAUAAAUUAUUAGAGAAAGGAAUCAAGGAAAGUUUGCAUGUGAUGUUAACCACAUGUACGUGGCCAAGAAAUUGUUCAAUGAUGAUAGAAUCAGGAGCUGUUUUCGAGCUAGUCGAGCUAGAACUAACCGGGUCAACCGAAAAGGGGACCACCGAGUUGAUUAUGGGAGUCUUGUUUCACUUGUGUUCAACAGCCGAUGGGCGUGCUCAACUUCUUGGUCAUGCGGGUGGUUUAGCCAUGAUCACCAAGAGAAUUGGAAGGGUUUCACCCAAGGUUGAUGAAAGAGCCUUGAUGAUCAUCUCUUUGAUUUCGAAAUUUUCGGCUAAUGAUGGAGUGCUUCAAGAGAUGAUGAAGGUUGGAACCGUUGAGAAAUUGUGUAUGGUACUUCAAGUAAAUGGCCGUGAUCAUUCAAAUACAAAAGAUAAAGCAAGGCAAAUCCUUAAAAGACACUCAAAUGUGUGGAAAGAUUCUCCUUGUUUAGAUGUUACUCUCCUAACAAGGUAUCUUAAUUAGUUGAUUUAUAUCGCAUUUGUUUUGUUCAUUAAGUUAAGAAUUUUUUUUUAUACAUGAAGAAAUGAAUGGUACAUUUGUACAAUGAUAUGAAAAUUGUAAACCAACAAAUAUGUAAUAUAUGAAAAGACAUAUAUAAACAUAUAUUAUCGUGGAACAUUUAUUUUUAA